CUGAGUGAGUGUGUAGAGUGUGUGGCGUUCUGAGCGUUCCCGCUCCCUCCCGUCCGGUCAGGUGACGCGUUCUCGACGUCGCAGGAUCAUCGCGUUCUUCUUCAGAGCAGCACCGACAUCUUACACCUCACGGAUAUUUCCUCGACACGGAGCGGCGCACAGAAUGGGCUGCGGGGAGCUUUUCUUCUUACUGAUGGCCGCGGCGUCGACGCUCGCCGCUGAGGUUCCGUCGGACUCCGGCACCGGGCUGCUGGCCGAGCCUCAGGUCGCCAUGUUCUGCGGGAAACUCAACAUGCACAUCAACAUCCAGACGGGAAAAUGGGAACCCGAUCCGUCCGGGAGCAAGAGCUGCAUCAGCACGAAAGAGGGAAUCCUGCAGUACUGUCAGGAGGUGUACCCAGAGCUCCAGAUCACGAACGUGGUGGAGGCCAAUCAGCCGGUCAGCAUCUGGGACUGGUGUAAGAAGGGCCGGAAGCAGUGCCGCAGUCACAUGCACAUCGUGGUGCCGUACCGCUGCCUGGUCGGAGAGUUCGUGAGCGACGCUCUGCUGGUUCCUGACAAGUGUAAGUUCCUGCACCAGGAGCGCAUGGACAUGUGUGAGAGCCACCUGCACUGGCACACCGUCGCCAAGGAGUCCUGUGGAGACCGCAGCAUGAAUCUCCAUGACUACGGGAUGCUGUUGCCAUGCGGUAUCGACCGUUUCCGUGGCGUCGAGUUCGUCUGCUGCCCUGCUGAAGCUGAGAAAGAGUCAGACAGCGCAGCCGCGGAAGAAGAUGAUUCAGACGUUUGGUGGGGAGGGGCUGAGAACGACUACAGCGACAACAGCAUGACGCGGGACGCAGGAUCCGAGCCGGCCGUGGUGGAGGAUGACGAGGAUCCAGACGAGGAAGAGGAGCUUCUGGACAACGACCGGGAUGGAGACGGAGACGAGGAUGAGGAAGAGAAGGAGGAGGAGGAGGAGGAGCGCCAGAGCAUCAGCGUCGCCAUGACGACCACUACCACCACGACAACAGAGUCAGUAGAGGAGGUAGUGAGAGAGGUGUGUUUUGCGAGCGCAGAGACGGGCCCCUGCAGGGCCAUGUUGGCGCGCUGGUAUUUUGUGCGCGAGGAGGGCCGCUGCGCUCCCUUCAUCUACGGCGGCUGCGGAGGAAACCGUAAUAACUUUGAGUCGGAGGAGUACUGUCUGUCCGUCUGCAGCAGCGUCUUGCCGACUCCGUCCUCCAGUCCUCCGGACGCUGUGGACCGCUAUCUGGAGACGCCGGCCGACGAGAACGAACACACACACUUCCUGAAGGCCAAAGAGAGCCUGGAAGCCAAACACCGCGAGCGCAUGUCUCAGGUGAUGAGGGAAUGGGAAGAGGCUGAGAGACAGGCCAAGACUUUACCACGCAACGACAAGAAGGCCGUCAUCCAGGCGUUGCUUGACUUUGCUGCGCUUCUCCCGCAGCACUUCCAGGAGAAGGUGGAGGCUCUGGAGCAGGAGGCGGCCAGCGAGAGGCAGCAGCUGGUGGAGACACACAUGGCGCGGGUGGAGGCGCUGCUGAACGACCGGAGACGCCUCGCUCUGGAGAGCUACCUGUCUGCCCUGCAGGCCGACCCACCCCGGCCGCGGCACGUGUUCAGUCUGCUGAAGAAGUACGUCCGAGCCGAGCAGAAGGACCGCCAGCACACGCUCAAACACUUCGAACACGUGCGCAUGGUCGACCCCAAGAAAGCAGCUCAGAUCCGGCCCCAGGUGCUGACCCACCUGCGUGUGAUUGAGGAGCGGAUGAAUCAGUCUCUUGGGCUGCUCUACAAGGUGCCCGGAGUCGCUGAAGACAUUCAGGACCAAGUCGAGCUGUUGCAGCGUGAGCAGCAGGAAAUGUCGGCUCAGUUAGCGAACCUGCAGAGUGACGUGAGAGUGAGUUACGGAAACGACGCCCUGAUGCCCGACAGCACCGCCAGCCUCGACCUGCUGCCCUCCGAAGACACACAGGGCUUCAUCCACCCUGAGAGCUUCAACCAGCCCAACACACAGAACCAGGUUGAGCCGGUGGAUGCCAGACCCUUCCCGGACAGAGGCCAGCCGACCCGACCCGUAUCUGGACUGAAGCCUGAUGAUGUUCCUGAGCUGCGGAUGGAAGCUGAAGAGAGACACAGUGAAGUCUAUCACCAGAAACUGGUUUUCUUCGCCGAGGACGUGAGUUCCAAUAAGGGAGCUAUUAUUGGCCUAAUGGUCGGAGGUGUUGUCAUAGCAACCAUCAUCGUCAUCACCCUGGUGAUGCUGAGGAAGAAGCAGUACACAUCCAUCCACCACGGAAUCAUUGAGGUGGAUGCGGCCGUGACCCCGGAGGAACGUCACCUGUCCAAGAUGCAGCAGAACGGCUAUGAAAACCCCACCUACAAGUUCUUCGAACAAAUGCACAACUGAUGGUGCGACGCUCCACUUCCUCCCUGUUUCUCCUCAUCUGCAGACGGUGCAGGAGACACCAGCCCAACCUCAACCUUACCUUUCUCACUUCCUAUUGGCCGCUUCACAUGACUGUCAAUCAAACAUGACUUCCCAUUGGCUGGACAAAUAUGAACUUGGUUCCGUUUCAACCUAAACGCACAAUUCAGAUUCAGUUCAGAUUGAGAACGUUCAGAUUUAGGUUUAAAUUCCCUGCAGACAACAAUGAACGUGAGUUUAAUGCGGUUGGGAUCAGUUUCGAGUUCAAUUCGGUUUAAAUUCAACACAUGGAGUUGAUUCGCAUCAAAUUCAAUGCACAAUUCUGAAUUCACUCCAGAUUUUCAACGAAAAAAUCUGUUGGCCGGACGAAUAUCAACUUUAUUAGUUUCAAGUACAGUUUCAAAUUGAAUGCACAAUUCAAAUUUAAGUCACAAAUCAAUCUGAAUCAAUCCUUCCGGGGCGAGACGAAUGUGAACAUAAUCAGAUUAUCGCUGUCAGUCUCAAGAUUCGGUGUCAGACUGAACAGACAAUUAGAACUGAACGAAUAAUUUCAAUUCAAAUCACAAAUUGAAUGAAACACAAUUGAAUACAUUUUUAUGCGUAAUUCAAAUUCAGUUCAGUUCAAAAAUUCAAUUGAACACCUAAUUCAGAUUCAGAUUUUUUAUUAAUAAAGCUUAGAAAUUUGUCAUUCUUCAAUUCUGCCCUCCCAUUGGCUGGACAAACACGAGUUUGAAAAAUUCCGUUUCAGACUGAAUGCAGAGUUUAAAUUCAGAUCACAAAUCAGAUUGAGUGUAUAUUUCCAAUGUGGUUUUAAAUUCACUCCCGUUUUUCGACAAAUGCUUCCAUCAGUCUGGAAGAUGAGCUUCUUGGGUCGGUGUCAGGUCUAAUUCUUAAAAUUUCGUUUUAAAUGUGAAUUCAAAUCAUAGAUGAUCAGAUUAAUGCUUUUUCAAGUUUUCAAACUGAAUGCAGAAAAAAGAAAUAUCACUCCAGAUGUCACUCCUGUUGGCUGAACGCUAUGUUUGUUGUUGGAUCUCAUCACGACCGUGUUCCUCCGCUCCGAAUCGUUGGUCUGGUGUCGCUUCACCGUCUGUCGUCGCACUACUAACCGAGUGAAACACUGGGAUACCUGAGGAUGACUGUCUGAGACUUCAUCCACCCUCCCUUCCUCUUCCUCCUCUUCCUCCUCUUCAUCGCACACUGACUGCAGCUGUGCUGUGUUUGGUGACGCAUUAAACCUGUCAGAGAUCGUUCUGCUGAUCCACGUCCUUCUGAAUGAGAUGUUUGUUUCUGGUUUCUUUUUCAAAAAAAAAAACAAAAAAAAAAAAAAACCUUAAUGUAAAAUUGAAUUUGCCAAAAAAAAAGUUUUUUUUUUUUAGUUGUCAAUAUUUAAGUAAUGCAAAAACAAAAAAAAAAGGCUAGUUGUGACUACGUAGUGCAUGAUAGAAAAAAAAUGACGGGAAACUUUACUGCUAUCUGGAUCUUGGUCUUUUCUCAGACGUUUUAGACAUUUUAGCAGAAUUAAACGGUAACUUGUGGAAAUGUGAUUUGAGUUGCACAAAAAAUGACUCAAUUGGCUUCUGCUUCUGGAUUCAAUGCUUUGAUUUGGAUAUCUGGUUGUUUUUUAAAUCCGGCUGAGAUCCUGUCGAUGUACAUUUACUGUCUUUAAUGUUCUCGUCCUAUGCAUUUCAGAGAUUUAUUUACUCCUAUUUAAUUUGACUCUCCAUGGGACUCGUGGCUGUGUGUGUUUUUUAAGCGGGUGUCGGGGGCCGGGCGGGCGGGCUUCGGGGUCAUUCUCUGUCUGUUUGUAUGUUUCUAUCCGGUCAGUUUUGUGUUCUUAGAUCACUCUUUGUCUGCAGAUGUAGAAAGUGUUUUCUCCUCUCCGUCUCUCGUGUUGAUGCAAUGAUCCGAGAGAAAAAUUCCUUCGCCGCGCUGCAAAAUCAAAAGAAAAGGCUUUUUUGCAUUGCGUCAUUACUUUCUGCCGUUACUGUAAUGCAGGAAAAUGUAUUUCGAUUGUGCAGUUGUAUUUAUCAUGAUUGCAUUGAAUGUUAUUUUCAAUUUUUCUUUUUUUUUUAUCAUUUCCAUUCAUCGCUGCAUUACAGUAAUACAGAUUUAUGGAUAAACGUGCUCGGUUUACAUGCAAAUAAUGUGGCAAUGCAAAUUGCUGUUCAUUUUCUUCAUGCAAAACAUUAUUUCUUUUGAUUUUGAGGUGGAAUAUAAGCUGGAGGAGAUAUGUUUUGAUGCACGGAGCGUCAGGUCUGUCUCCUGUAGUGUUUCUGUCUGUCUCACACACACACACACACACACACACACACACACAUGUUUUUGUUGUAGUCAGUUUUAGACCGAUCCAGGAUCUGACGUGACUUUGAUUUACAGUCGAUCUGUAAACGGUUCAUAAUCAAUAAUCUCCCCAUCUGAUGAAUGUCAAUCAAACGUUUACAGGAUCUGGUGUUUUCAGGGCGGUGAUGAAUCGUGGGUAAUUCUCGGUGUGUGUUGCUGUGGUUUGAUCAGAUCUGAGGUGGUUAGAUAAAGAUGGCAGUGGCAUUUUUCUGUGUAUCAUUUGCUUUGACUGGAAAUAAACUGCGCUUUCUACACUGUAUUCCAUAAAUAAAGUUCUGAAUGUACAUACAGA